ACAGGAGUCUUAGGUUGAUGGUAGAAGAGCUGUUUGCUCUGUGGUCAUUUCCCAUGGGUUCGAGUGAACCCGUUAUUAUGAUUCGUGAACGACCCUCUUUGAUCUAUUGUCUAUGAGGCGACUUAGAGAUCUAUUCAUCUAAGAGAUUCUAAGAUGCGCUCAGCGCAGAUUCUAAUUCCUUUGGUAUUCUUUUUUUCUCCGUUUUUUUGUCUGUCUCCAACUUUCCACUUCAUAAGCAAGAUGCAUUCACUCUCUGUUCAGGCGUACCUUACUACUGUGUCUUCGAAACCUGCAAUGCUGACAACAUGUCUUGCAUACUUCAUUGUCGCCCCCAGGAAAGCUCUCCAUGAAUGCUUGCAACCUUCGAAGUUCAAGUAUGCCGGUCAACUGUCUGUGAUCGUGGCAGGGUAUCAUUUCCCUGAAUGCACUCUCUGCAGAUCGUCCCUUCGCCGUUGACAUGCGCCGGUGAACCGAAAUAUAUAAAGACAUAAUCAGCCAACAAAUAGUUUCGAAAUGAAGGGAACUAUGAAAUAGAUAUCGACCCUCGGCCACGAGUGUGGAUCUCAGGAGCAAGAAGACAUAUAAAAUAUGACGCCUUCUCGAAUGGCCAUUAUGUUCACAGUACGAGUUACAAGCUGGAGAUUCAAAAGCCUCAACUGUAUAGCCUACGGCGAUAGAUACCGUUACAUUAGGCUUUGAAGAAUCAGAGCUGAGAUCGCCCUUCCAUAGAAGCAGCUUCCGUGGCGCAAUGGUAGCGCGUAGGACUUCUAUUAAUGAGGUUCCAUCCUAAGGUUGCGGGUUCGAGCCCCGCCGGAAGUGGCAUUCUUUUUGCGUUUUUAUUUUUUGCCCUCGGGGGAAGAAGCAUUGGACGAAUAAAAGAAGAUCGUCUGAUUUUACAUUUUUUUUUUUUUUUUUUUUUGGUUCCCUAUUCCUAAGUUGUUUUU